AUGGAGCCGGAUUGGGAAAGGAACAGCAGCGACCCUGGGGACGUCCUGACCCAGGUGGGGGAUCUCAACUGGACUCUCUUCCACACCCGGGACGAGGAGCUAGCCCGGGCCGAGAUUGGGGUGCUGGCCACCAUCCUGGCAGUUGCCGCCGUGGGCAACCUGGGGGUGCUGCUGGCCAUGUACCGGCUGAGGAAGAAGAUGAGCAGGAUGCACCUCUUCAUCCUGCACUUGGGGCUGACCGACCUGGGGGUGGCGCUUUUCCAGGUGCUGCCCCAGAUGAUCUGGGAGGUGACCUACCGCUUCCUGGGGCCCGACCUGCUCUGCAGGGCCGUCAAGUACCUGCAGGUGCUAAGCAUGUUCGCCUCCACCUACAUGCUCAUCAUGAUGACUCUGGACCGCUACAUGGCCGUGUGCCACCCGCUGCGCACCCUGCAACAGCCAGGCAGGCAGGCCUACCUGAUGAUCGGGGCCACCUGGGUGUUCAGUGGCCUGCUCAGCCUGCCCCAGGUCUUCAUCUUCUCAUUGCAGGAGGUGCACCAGGGCUCCGGGGUGCUGGACUGCUGGGCUGACUUCAGGUACCCCUGGGGCGCCCGGGCCUACAUCACCUGGACCACGUUGUGUGUCUUCAUCCUGCCCGUGGUCAUCCUCACCAUCUGCUACAGCCUCAUCUGCCACGAGAUCUGCAAGAACCUCCGGGGCAAGACGCAGAGCGGAGCAGAGAUGGGAGCGGGGUGCCCCUGCAGCCAGGCCUCCCGGGUGAGCAGCGUGCGCACCAUCUCCAGGGCCAAGAUCCGCACGGUGAAGAUGACCUUUGUCAUCGUGCUGGCCUACGUCGCCUGCUGGGCGCCCUUCUUCAGCGUGCAGAUGUGGUCGGUGUGGGACGAGAACGCCCCCGAUGACGAGUCCACCAACGUGGCAUUCACCAUCACCAUGCUGCUGGCCAGCCUCAGCAGCUGCUGCAACCCCUGGAUUUACAUGUUCUUCAGUGGGCACCUCCUGCACGACAUCCUGUGGUAUGUCUCCUGCUGCGGGAGCUUCCGGCCUGGCCUCAAGAGGCAAAACUCCAACGGGAGCCUCUGCAGCAGGAAAACCACCAUCCUGACUCAGAGCCACCAAACCGACACCCCUGGGAUCCAGCUGCAGCAGGGGGACUUGAAAGAUUUCUACCAGUCCUACGAGGACACGGUGACGGAGUCAGGUGUGCUCUAG